GGUAGCUCACGUAUAACGUCUGUAAUUCCAGUAAGCCCUAACGUGACCUUAGGAUCCCGAUUAGGUUGUCCCCGAAAAAUAAGUGCUUAGCACAAGUGUAACAGUAUCUCUCUGUUUCCCGAAAAAGCGGUCUCACCCUCUCUCUCUCUCUCUCCCUCCGUCACACCCACACGCCCACAAAACGAAACACAGAUUCACUAUGCAGUGUGGCGUGUUGGGCGGUGAGUUGGUCGAGGAGGUUGAUGAAGCAGAGGAAGAGGAGGUUAAGAUGGUAGUAGGGAUGGGAUCAUACGGUGGGAAGGUGAGAGUGGUGACGGGUGACCCAUGGGAGGAGAUAAUGCUACUUUGGGGGAUUCAACAACCCACACUCUCAAAGCACAACGCCUUUGUCCACCAAUCCUCACUCCAACUUCGUCUCGAUGCUUGUGGCCGCUCACUCUCCAUUCUCCAGUCCCCUUCUUCUUUGGGCACGCCUGGAGUAACUGGAGCAGUGAUGUGGGACAGUGGAGUUGUUCUGGGGAAGUUCCUUGAGCAUGCUGUGGAAUCAGGGAUGAUAUCUCUUCGAGGCAAGAAGGUUGUUGAACUGGGCUCUGGCUGUGGAUUAGUUGGCUGUAUUGCGGCACUUUUAGGUGCUCAAGUUAUUCUUACUGAUCUGCCAGAUAGACUGAGGCUAUUGAAAAAGAAUGUUGAAGCUAAUUUGUAUGGAGAUGUGCGGGGUUCUGCGACAGUGAAUGAGCUCAUUUGGGGAGAUCAACUUGAUCUGGAAUUAAUUACACCUUUGCCUGAUUACGUGAUUGGCUCGGAUGUAAUAUACAGCGAGGGAGCAGUGAUGGACUUGUUGGCCACACUAAUUCGACUGUGUGAAGCUCAAACAACAAUUUUUUUGGCUGGAGAGCUUAGAAAUGAUGCUGUCCUUGAAUAUUUCUUAGAUUCUGCAAUGAAGGAGUUCAAUAUUGGACGUGUUGAUCAAUCACAGUGGCAUCCAGAUUACUGCACUCCACGUGUCGUGAUAUAUGUUCUCGUGAAAAAGUGAAAUCAAAGAAAUUGAAGAUUGCUGAUAACAAUCUCAUGUAUCAAGCUGUUCACCAUCUCAUCCAAGCUGUGCUGCACUAAGCUUCAACUUUUUCUACAUGCUGCAUGACCUAUUUUUUUCGAGAGCUAGUAAUGACCUGUGAAAGGUCCUCCCCAUUAAAGUCUGACUGCAUCGAAAACCUCAUUUUCCAUGUCUUUUGAAAAAUGGGUCUAAUCUCUGUUUGUGCAACAAUAUAGGCAAAUUUCAUAGUUUGAACAAUGUUUUACAUUUGUUGGCCUCUUAACCAUGGUCAAAUGUAGUUAAUGUUGUACCAUCUUAGUUUUUGAAGUCUAGUCUUAUAGAUGUCUAUCUCAGGUUGUGUUUUUUUUUUAAGAUCAUUUUGAUCAUGUGGUUAGUGUUAGCCUUUGAGGUCUCUUCUUGGAGGAUUAUGUGAAUGCAUUGUGAAAAAACUAGUCCCACGUUGAUUAGGGAAAUCAAGUGGCGUGAGUUUAUAAGGCGUCUAUCGACCUGUAAAAGUUAGGCCAAGUUUGUGUUAUUGAUGUGGAUGUCAGCGUUUAGGGUCUGGUCCGGUCUUGGAUAAGGUGUAAGUGUGCAUGUAUAGUGAAAA